GGACAUUCAUAAUGGCGUCGGUUGACGGCACUGGCGAACAGUUCUCAGCGCGCAGCGCUCCAGUAAAGUUCCAAAUUAAAAUAUAAAGAAACCCCCAAGAAGAUUCAAAGCACAACCACCAGUAGGAGAGCCAAAAAUACAUACACUCUCGGAAAAAGGAAAGGAAAACAAAUCGAAACCACAACAAAGACAAUUUUCGCAGGCAGUGCUUCCAUUUUGACUAUCUGAGAUCCUUGCUCCUCCAUCACCGACUUCGACUUCAACUUCAGUGAAGCGCGGCCAUUACAUUUUAGAUACCCCUCAGCUCCAGAAGGCCCUCGCAACCCCACUCAUUUCUCGCCCGCACUUCUUGUUUUGCUGAGCCGCCAGCGUUGCCCUAUCGUCGCGACAGGAGCCAAGGAGGAAGAAAACCAGGACGCAUUCUGAUGGCCGCAGCUGCAUGGAGCUGGCUGCUGGGCGCCGGAUUCCUGGCCCUGUCACUGCUCCUCCAGCUAGCCCACGUCGGUGCGGGAGCGGGUGGCGGAGGGUCCGGAAGCGGCUUGAGCGGACCCGCCGUCUUCACCAGCUCCUUCCUGGUGAGGUUCCGGCGAGGAGUGGACAACGGCUUUGCCCACGAGGUGGCCGACAAAUAUGGUUUCGACAACCUGGGUCCGCUGGUCGGCGCCGAUGGACACGAGUAUCAUUUCAAGCAUCGGACCCUUCCCCAUGCUCGGACCAGACGGAGCCUGUCGCACACUCGGGCUUUGAAGAGCCACCCGGCGGUGCACACGGCCGUGCAACAGCCUGGAUUCAAGCGGGUUAAGCGUGGCUUGCGGCCAGCCGUUCCUGCCAUCCAUGGCAUGAAGUUCGACAUGAAGCUCGGCGAAGUUAAUCACAUCGAUGAGGAGCCAACCGACCCGUAUUUUCCGAUGCAGUGGUACCUGAAAAACACAGGCCAGAACGGCGGAAAGGUUCGACUCGAUCUGAACGUGCAAGCUGCGUGGGCCCAGGGCAUCACAGGAAAAAAUGUCACCACGGCCAUCAUGGAUGACGGCGUCGACUACAUGCAUCCUGACUUAAAAUUUAAUUAUAAUGCCGAGGCCAGCUACGACUUCAGCAGUAAUGAUCCCUUUCCGUAUCCCCGCUACACCGACGACUGGUUUAAUAGUCAUGGAACUCGGUGUGCCGGCGAAGUGGCUGCUGCCAGAGAUAAUGGAAUUUGUGGCGUUGGCGUUGCUUAUGACAGCAAAAUUGCAGGCAUACGCAUGCUGGAUCAGCCGUACAUGACGGACCUAAUCGAGGCCAACUCCAUGGGCCACGAGCCGCACAAAAUCCACAUCUACAGCGCCUCCUGGGGUCCCACGGACGACGGCAAGACGGUCGAUGGACCGCGGAACGCCACUAUGCGAGCGAUUGUCCAAGGCGUGAAUGAGGGACGAAAUGGCCUGGGCAACAUCUAUGUUUGGGCAUCCGGCGACGGCGGAGAGGAGGACGACUGCAACUGCGACGGGUAUGCCGCCUCCAUGUGGACUAUUUCCAUUAAUAGCGCCAUCAACGACGGCCAGAACGCUCACUACGACGAGAGCUGCAGCUCCACCCUGGCGUCCACGUUCAGUAACGGAGCCAAGGACCCCAACACGGGCGUUGCUACCACGGACUUGUAUGGAAAGUGCACGACCACCCACUCGGGUACCAGUGCGGCGGCGCCCGAAGCAGCGGGCGUCUUUGCCCUGGCCUUGGAGGCAAAUCCGCAGCUUACUUGGCGCGAUAUCCAGCAUCUGACGGUGCUGACAUCAAAACGCAACUCUCUGUUCGAUGCCAAGAACCGCUUCCACUGGACAAUGAACGGCGUGGGCCUAGAGUUCAAUCACCUCUUCGGGUUCGGAGUAUUGGAUGCAGGCGCCAUGGUCACGUUGUCAAAGCAAUGGCAUGCAGUGCCACCUCGAUACCACUGUGAAGCGGGCGAGAUUAACCAACCGCAGGCCAUCGUUAUGGGUCGCUCGCUGUUUUGGGAGAUCAAAACCGAUGCCUGCAAGGGUACUGACACGGAGGUCAACUAUUUGGAGCAUGUCCAGGCAGUGAUAUCGGCGAAUGCCUCGCGGCGAGGCGAUUUGGAACUGUUCCUUACUUCGCCUAUGGGAACAAAAUCUAUGAUCCUGUCGCGGCGCGCUAAUGAUGACGAUCACCGAGAUGGAUUUACCAAGUGGCCCUUCAUGACCACUCAUUCUUGGGGUGAAUAUCCCCAGGGCACCUGGAAAUUAGAGGCUCGUUUUAAUUCCCCGCAAACACGGCAUGGAUAUCUUUUGGAAUGGUCUUUGGUACUCCAUGGCACCAAGGAUGCGCCCUACCGCACUCUGCAUCCUUCCUCCCCGCAUUCCAAGUUAGCCAUUGUAAAGAAGGCCCACGAGGACAAAAAGAUGAAGUAAAGUUGUGGAUUCAGAGUGGUAAACAGAAGGAUAAGGAGCAGGAUAUAUUCAGGGGCAAAUAAACAUUCGCGUAGAGACGUCCAUUAGGCAGCUUGGCGUUUUAUCAACGAGUUUAGUGAGAGGCUUAAUAAAAGUGCUGGCUGUGUUUUAUUUUGGAAUAGAAUUGAUGGAAAUUAAACUGUUUAGUUAUCUCUGA